AUUACGUAAAAGUGUAUCACUUUGGAAACAAAAUACAUAUAUAGCAAUGGGUCAAACGUCUUCCAGUAGUCAGGUAGAUUACACUUUUGGUAUUGUAGCCAACAAGCCUAAUCAAAACACUACUGCAACAUCACCUUACAACCAAAAACAAGUCGACCAUCUUAGCAACAGUAAUAAUAAUAAUACUAACAAUAUUCAACAUAUCAAAAAAGACGAACGCUUAUUACUCUAUCCUCAACACUACGGUCUUGUAUAUGAUAUUGACGAAAGUGACGAUGACGAUAAGGUACAACAGGAACGACUUUCCUUUCCGUCCUCUUCUUCUUCCUCUUGUUCCUUACCACUCACUCAACAACAACAACGUCGAAGGUCUUCUUAUUAUAGUACAUUACAACAACAGAAACAACACAUUGACCGAAUAGAUUCCGGUUAUGCAGAUCAAGAUGUUUUUUUUGUUCCCCCCAAAAUGGUGACCCUGAAUGAACGCCUUGCUAAGGAUAUACUUUAUGUGGACCAGCUUUACUACGCCGAUUCACUCCCUUCAAAGAAACAACAACAACAACAACAACAACAACCAAGAUUUCCUACUCUUGCUCCUACUUUGGCUUAUACUUCCAAUUUGAAUGCUUCCAAUUUGACUGCGGGUAUUAUCGACGGUGGCAAUCUUGAUGAUGAUGAUGAUGAAUUUACUAUUGGUACGAAAUUGACCUUUGCUGCAGCUGCAUUGGCCUCCCAAGAUGCUUCUAUGCGUGAAAUUUGUCUAUCUAGACGAUCUUUGAUUAGUCUUAGCCCAAAUAUUGGUUUAUUGACAUCUAUCCGGAAAUUAGAUUUAUGCAACAACCAGUUAGUUGAUUUACCUGACAGCAUUGGCCAAUUGAAACAACUCGAAAUUCUCACGAUCUCCAAAAAUCAACUUCAACAUUUACCCAAUACUUUACAAUGCUUAUCGCGGCUAACGGAAUUAGAUUUAUCAUACAACCAGUUACAGCAUCUUCCAUCUCUCGGUCAUUUUUCAGUUUUGAACACCUUAUUAUUAUCACAUAAUCAGUUGACUUCUAUACCAUCGGAUUUAGCUGGCAUGAAACGACUUGUUACUAUGGAUCUAUCAUAUAAUCCGCUCUCAGUAUUACCGGCAGAAAUGACUCGAUUGUCACAUUUACGACGAUUACGACUGGAUCAUUGCCAUCAGUUAUUGAAUCAUGAACAACAUCAAGCUAUGGAGUAUACAUUGACUCACGAUCCACCAAGUCUUAUGGAAAUCUGUGCUAGAAAUGUAGUUUCAACUCUCUCAACAACAACAGCAGGGACAACAACUUCAUCAAGAAAAGGGAAAUUUAGUAUCAAAUCAACAAGACAGUAUGCAUCACCAAGAAUCACAACACAGAAAUUGACGCAAUUACCUAAUCAUCUAUUAUCAUACCUCGCAUCCGUAAAAGUAUGUUCAUCAUGCCAUGGGCCUUAUUUUGACACUCAUGUGGUUCGCCGACGAUUAAUUGAAAAGAAUGAUUUAUGGAUCCCACUGGAAUAUCGAUUAUGCUCAGCUCAUUGGUCCGAUGAAAAUGAUCGUUUGUUGAAUAUGUUCCAUCGUGAAAAAUCAUUUUUACACAACAAUGUCGAUAUGGUUUCAACGGUUGCAACGCUUUAUACACUUGCUUGCCAUCAAGAACAAGAAAUGGAUCAUCAAUUGCCAACAACGACAUCUUCUUUAUGCAUGGACGAUCUUGAUAUGAAGACAACAACGACUGCCAAAGUGGCCUUUUUACGCCAUCCUCAACGAUUACAGCGAGUGAUGAACAAAAAUCCUUCCAGCUUUUUACUACACAAGAUGCAACGUGGAUAAUAGUCUAUUCUCUUUGUCUCUCUAUCUCUGUUGUGUGUUUUGUAUUAUUUUUAUUAUUAUCACUAUUCUUAUUAUUACCAUUUUUUUUAUUAUAUUUGUAUUCCUCCCUGUUUAUCUUUAUUCCUCCUUUUAUACCAUUUCUGCAAUCCUUAUUAUUAGACAAAUAAAAAC